AUGGCUGCGCAGCGAAGCGAUUUUGAUCUCAACGGGAUCGUCGAUAACGUUACAUGUCCAAUCGAAUUGGCAACACACGCCAAUGGCCGCGUCCACACGGGCCCCGGUGCGGCUGCUCAAGAGAGCGAGACCAUCGACAUCACCAUCGAUGAAGAGGACCACAAAAAGGUGUUUGGCCUUCAAUCGGAUGUACCUCUCGGACUCGCCUCUCGAUCGCAAUCCAAGCAGGACGGCCCACUUGCACCUGCGACUGCGAAUGGCUGGGAUACCAUCCCUUCCUCCCCACCUCCGGCCUACGAACACUCAUCACAAACGACAACACACUCCGCCAACACUGAAUCCAAAGGAGACCUCUCCACACGCACAUACCACUUCCUGUUACCAACCGCUUUACACGACUCUGGCCUACUCUUUAACCCACAGCUCAGCCAAAGCAAGGUCAGCAUAGAACGCGACCCAGUUGAAGAUGCACCGGCUGUUGCGACUCCGCUGAGCCCGGAAUCGGCCCUCACUGCAGUAGCCUCUGCAUCUUCAGACUCUGCUCCGACACCCACCGUCGCCGAAAUCGAAGCAUGCAAACCACAUCCAGAAGCGCUCUUCGUCGCCGAGACGCUCGAGUGGAGGCUCGUUCUGGACCAUACCAACAUGUACCGCCUACCGCCUUUAUCCGUAUCCCAGUACGAUGCAACCGACCUUUACGAGGCAUGCGACCUGAUCCCUGGCUCCGUCUCCAUGUAUGAAACCGAGCCCGUCUUGAUACCUGCGCACGACCAGCAGAAUCCUGUCCAGCUCCUCGAACUCUGGGACCCGGCCAAGCGACAUGCGCCGCUUCCGGUCCUCGAAGAAUUCAACUCGCAUCAAUGCUACCUCACCGGAAAGCAGCUGCUAUCGAAUCCUCCAGACAGCAUUGUCAGCGUCGUCGAUCGACAUCUUCUCAUGCGCUUCAAAGAGAACCGCGAGAACGAUCCAGCCGUCGGCCUGACGGGUCCGGAGUCCUUCAUUCGCGCUCUUCGUGUCCUUCUCAGGGUACUCGGGAACUAUAUUCACGGUGAGCGACGCGGUGCCCCCACCACUAGCCUCUCGCUCGCCCAAAAGCUCGGAUGGGAUCAGCUCUCGCGCCAGAUCUUUCUCAGCCUCGGCUGGAAGGAGAGUGCCAUGCCCGACGGCCGCAACGCAAUCCUGCCGCCAUCGAGCACAGCAGCAUCUGCAGAAGCCGCUGAUUUGUCUGAGUCGUUGGACGCAGACAUUGUGCUUCGUCGAAACAUACGUGCUUGGAUCGAGCUCAGCGUUUGGCUGGCUUUCCACGUCGACCAGGUGCGCAAAAGCAGACCCGCUUCGUCGAUCAUCAAUGCUACGGAGAAGGGCGUAGCUACGCGAGUCGAAGCACAUGCCGCAUCCGAGUCGCUCCUCGACAUGAUUGGAUUUCGUCAGGAUCAUUUGGACACGACGUACAGAAGGGACCUGCCUGCCAGUACACUCGAGGCGUUCUUCACUUUGGGCGCUUCGAGCACUACGCGCGACCAGCUCGUCAAAUUCGCGUACCUGAUAAACAUGCAGGCGAACCAAGAACGCAGGGCGCUCGAGUUGUUUGCCGCGCUCAAGGAGGUCUACGAGUCUCAACGCCGCACGUCGCGCGUGCUCGAAGAGCUCAUCGCCUACGAACAAAGCCAAGGUAGAUACAGUCCUCGCGAUGUCGACCAAGCUUACGAACGACUCCACCUUGGUGCGGCUCAUCUUGGUCCAGAUGUGGAGCGGGAGAGCAUACCGCUCUUCCUGAUCGUCGACAACUACAAGGCGCGCGCGCGCGAAGUGCUGAUCAACAGCGACGCCUCGGAGCAUGCAGCAGUCAAGGAUGCGCUGCGCAUCGUCACUCUGCACCUCGGCAAGCCUGAGAGGCUUGUGCAAGCCCUUGACGAAGACGUCGACAUGGACAUUGAUCAGGCUUCCAGCAUGCUCGACACUAAUCCAGACAUGGAUGACUCGACAGUCCUGGCCAUCUUUGACCUGUACGUUGCAGAUGCUCCAGCGCGUCGAGACGCUUUGCGUCAUGCUCUGCGCGCCAUCGCAGAGCACCGCAACAGCGAGUAUCUGCGCCACUUUCUACGCACAGGCGAGAAGGAUGCAUCCGUCGCCGAGACCUGGCAGCAACUGCCGUCGAACGACAUACCCGCCGGCAUCGACAACAUCGGAAACACGUGCUACCUCAACUCGGUCUUGCAGUACUUUUUCUCAAUCACAGAGGUGCGCAACCGUGUCUUGCAGGCUGCGUCGACCCUCAACGAUCCUUUGCACGCAGACCAGAUUUCCUUUGAUACCGAGCGAAGGGUGGGCGGCCAACGCAUCACCGCGCGUGAAUUGCAGCGCAGCAAGAGGUUUGUGGGCCAGCUGGGCGGGCUCUUUCAUCAUCUCAUCCACGCCAAUGCUUUGUCUGUGCGCCCAGAUAGGGAGCUGGCGUACCUGGCGCUUGUAUCAUCGCGUGCAGAGGAUCUGGAAGCCGAGAUGAACCCGGUCCCGGAGACGAGUGCUUUUCCAGCAGACAGGAAUACUCAGGCUGAGGCCCAAGUGGCGCCGGUCGUCUCCUCGGAUCCGGCUGCCCUCGAGUCCACGAUGGACAUGGCAACAGCCGCUGCCAGUGGCGAUUCGAUGGACACCGCUGCAGACGACCUUGUUGCAACCCAUGUCGAGCCAUCGAAGGCUGCCAGCGCAAAUGUGUCCAACUCUGCACCGCCCUUGCCCCCUCGCCCAGCCCGUCAGUCUACUGUCACUGAGUCGGCCUCCCCGGCUCUGCCACCACCUGCGCGACGAAACUCGCUGAUGCAGCUGGGGGCGCAACAGGAUGUAUCGGAGUGCUUGGACAAUUGCAUGUUCCAGCUCGAAGUUGCUCUAGCCGUAAGUGGAGAGCCAGAAUCAAGCCUGGAAGCCCGCGCCGAGCAGAACAUGGACAUUGAUGGCAGCGAAGAAGGCAAGCCGCCAAUUGACUUGUCAAAUGGCGAAGGUCACGAGGAUUUGCUCACCAGCCUCUUCCUCGGUAAGACGUGCCAACGCGUCGAAGCAGACGCCAUGCCCACCGCCAAUCACAGCAGCAGCGAGGCUGACGACUCCCUGUCCCGACCGGCCCAGCCGCAGAAGCAACCCAGCACGCACAUCAAGCACGAAGUGUUCAAGAUCCUUCCGAUCGACGUUCUGGAGGAGGGGCGUGACAUUUACGAUGGUUUUGACGGGUUUUUCGAUUCGGAUACCUUUGUGGCCACGUCUGGUGCGGUGCAGCGCCGCUCCGUGACGCUGUUGUCGGCACCGCCGCUGUUGCAGAUCCAGCUGCAGCGUGUGCAGUACGACCGCAUCACCAUGAGAGCAUUCAAAUCGCAAGCCCACCUCGACCUACCAGAGACGCUGUACGUCGACCGAUACAUGGACCUUGAUGUCAACGAUAGCGCCAAUGCACUGCGCGUUGCAAAGAGGCUCGACUACCAAGCGAAACGCAAAAGGAUCGAGGAGCUGCGAGCCAAGUUGGCGGCGUGCAAGGACGGCGCCAAUCUUCACCUGACGCAGACGCUCAGUCAAGCGGCGAAUGCAGUCGAGGAGCUGGCGAGGCUACCGUCGCUAGCUGAUGUGGCCGCGCAGCUCCAGGAGAUCCGCAGGGAGAGCGCACAGGCUGAAAUAGUGGACGCGGUUACCUUGACCUCCCGAAGUGGGGAAAGCCAGGAGAGCAGCUCGCGUAAAGAGGUGCCGAUUGACGACGUUGGAAGCUCGCUCCCUCCGCCGUUGUCAACGCUGAUCGACCCAGGAUUCUCGACGUUGCUUCGAAACGAGGGCAAGCUGCUGCGCGACCAAGUCAAGCAAGCUCAAGAAGAGAUUGAAACGCUCAAAACCGAGAUGGCAUCGAUCUGGGCUGACGAGCGGCGCUUCGCCUACCGUCUAGUUGCCGUGUUCAUGCAUCGUGGAGAAGCGAGCCACGGACACUACUUUUUGAACCUGCGCGGUGGAGGAGAGAACAGCAAGUGGUACAAGUUCAAUGAUUCGGCUGUCAGCGAGACUUCGCUGGACCAGGUGCUGAGGGACAGAUCGGGUGCCACGCCGUAUUUGGUGACAUAUGUACGCGAGGACUAUGUGCACUUGAUCGAUCCGAUUUGUCGGUUGAUCGACGCGGGACAAGCGCAAGCUGAGCAGGUACAAGAGUCGCAACAGCAGCAACAGCGGGAGGAGGACUCGCAGCAGAGCGUUAUGGAGGUGGACCCGACGGUGGCUGCCGGUUGGGAUGGCCAGGUUGCACCGACGGCGGAGGAAGCAAAACAGAAAGAGACGGAGGGAGAGGAAGCGGCGCGACCUCAAGUGAUUACGGAUGCUAUUCAGAACGCGGCAGGGGACGCAGGCAACGGCAUCGAAAGUCCUAUCAAACGAGCGCGCACAGACAAUCUGUAG